AGUCAGUUGACUGGUAUUCGCCAUACCGAGCAGGUCUCACCUUGAGAUAUUGAGGAUUGUCGAACUUGAAGACGGACCAUCGAGCUCCUGAUUGUUACUGAUCGUCAUAUCUUUUGACACUUUUGGUCUUAUUUUCGAAAGAAUGCUUAUUAGCUCGAUUUUCUUCCUGGUAGUCUGGACUAGUUCGUCAUUCGCAGAGGAAUCGUCUUCCAGCGAUGCCGCGUCUGCCAAACGGGCACCUAUGGGGUUCCAGGGUAUGCGCGGGAAGAAGGACCUCAUUCCCACGAUCGCAGAACACAAUGAACUUUCCAAAAGAACAUUAGUGGAUUUUCAGGGUAAGGAUUCAAGUGCGUCUGAUAUUGAAGACAAUCUUCUGCGCGACGAGUUAGACAAGCGAGCGCCGAUGGGAUUUCAGGGUAUGAGGGGGAAGAAGGAUUAUUUGAUACCUGAUUUCGAAGAUUCUUUGCGUGAGGACUACGAGAAAAGGGCGCCAAUGGGUUUUCAGGGCAUGAGAGGCAAGAAGAUUAUGUCGGAGGACGAUUACUAUAAACGCGCACCUAUGGGAUUUCAAGGAAUGAGAGGGAAAAAAUCUUUGGAGGAGGUGCUGAGUGAUAUUGAAAAGAGAGCCGCGAUGGGCUUUUACGGUACCAGAGGGAAGAAAACAUACGUUUUUGAAUAUCCACAAGAUUAUGAAAAGAGACUUCUUGAGAUGGGAUUACAAGAUAUGCACGAUAGAAUGAAAGAAUUUCCGGCAGAGUGGGAAAAAAGGGCUCUUAUGGGAUUUCAGGGUAUGAGAGGCAAGAAGACAUUGCUUGACGAGGAACUUGAGAAACGAGCCUUAAUGGGUUUUCAGGGUAUGAGAGGCAAAAAGGACGGCUAUGAAAAUUAUGUAGAUUACUACGUAGAUCCUGACAUGGAUUUUGACAAGAGGGCACCGAUGGGUUUUCAAGGGAUGAGAGGCAAGAAAGACACCGAUAAAAGAGCACCGAUGGGUUUUCAAGGUAUGAGAGGCAAGAGGAGUGUAGGACAAAGAUUUGAGCCCGGCAUGGAUUUUGGAACCCGACCAUUUCACGAAUAUCAAGGAAUGAGCGAUAGGAGACACGCUCUAGCCUCGUGCCAAGUCGAAAAGCGAUCGCCCUUCCGAUAUUAUGACAUGCGCGGUAAGAAAAAUCCACGAUGGGAGUUACGGGGGAUGUUUGUGGGGGUGAGAGGCAAAAAGUGGGCGAGAGCCCCGUACGAGGACAACAGCCCGUUCAUAAGGUUGUUUGAUAACACCGAGAGGAUCGGCGUGGAUGGAGACUCGCCGGCAACAUUAGAUUCACAAUAAUACAGCAGCUCUUAGAAACGGUAACGCAACUGUUACAAAACGUCUCCUCCAAAUAAUUAAACCGAUGUAGCUAAAUCUAAAAACGAGAAAAAAAGAAGAGGCGUCUAUGAGUUACGAUGAUGGGUGCAAGAAAAAUGUCGUCUGUUGAUUUAUCAAUCCGUUAUUUAAGUCUUCGUUAUUAUAAUUAUUUUACAUAUCACGAGCCGAUCUUAAUCUAGUCAAUGCGUAUGAUUUGCUAUGUGUACGCUAUCGUUUACGUUUUGCCGCUAUUACGAUUCAGAAUUGCGUGCGUCGGACGCAGGUCACAAGCCGCAAGUCUCAGAUACAAUCGCGACUGAGAACGUAAAUUCAAAGUGUACACAAUGAACACGAUGCAUGUGAAAAAAAAGUUCUACGAUAAAAUACUAUUUCACAAACAAUAUUUCACAAAACUCUUGCUGCGUUUCUAUGAAUAACUCUCCCGUAAAAAAAAAAUAGAUUUGCGUAUAAUAAAAUUGUUUGAGUAUAUUUAUGUUGUUCUAUACUUCUUAUUUUUUGAUAAGAUAUAUUUCAUAUAAAAAAUAAAUCCUGCUUUAAAUUGA